GACAUGGUGGACCCUGCAGAUGUAGACGUUAGCAUUCUCCCACAGUUGCGCACGUUGGAUUUGGGAGAUUUGUCAAAACUGAGUUGCAUGUGGAACAAGAACCCCCGAGGGGUAACGUUAUUCCAAAAUUUAACGUCACUGGUGGUGGUCAGAUGUUAUGAAUUGGUAUACCUUUUUACACCUGCAAUGGCUAGAGCUGCGGCAAAAUUGACAGAAAUAUUUGUAGGAGGUGGUGACAUGAUGAAGGCAAUCAUAAUGGAUGAAUCCGAGGAACAAGCAAGAGAUAUGGAAAGCACCAUAGGGUUCCCACACUUAAAGGUACUGACAAUAAAAGAUUGCCCCAGGAUGAUGGGAUUCUAUACAUGCCUCAGAGUACACACCCCAGCCUUCAGUAGAACUUCCUGUUGUGGCCAUAAGGAAGAAGUUGCACCUGAGCAAGAAACUCAAGCCCGGGUCUUCUUUAAUGACAAGGUUCUUCUUCCAAACUUGGAGGAGCUGAAACUCACCGAAGUGGGAUAUUUUGAGCAGAUAUGGGUCAAUGAACUCCCGGAAACAUCCUUUGCCAAACUGACGUCCAUCUCCAUAUUUGGAUUGCACAGGAUUUCUUCGGUCUUUCCUGUAACUUUGGCAGAGAAAUUGCAGAAUCUAGAGCAUGUUUCAAUAUCUUGUUGUAGUUCGGUGGAAACUCUAUUUGAGCCCUUUGCGCAUGAUUCCAAGGACAAGCACAAAGCAAUAAUGCUCCCUAAAGUCAAGACAUUGAGCCUGCGAGUACUACAGAAGCUAAAGCAUCUCGUAGACAAGUUCUUCCGAAUUUCAGUUGGUUUUCCAAGUCUAAUAGAGAUUUCAGUGGAAAAAUGCCACCAAUUAGUGGACCUGAUCCCAUUUGCUACAGCCACAACUCUCUCGAAACUGGAGAUAUUGGUGAUAACCAAUUGCAAGGGAAUGGAGGAAGUAGUUUCCCAGAAGGAUCGUGAUGGGGAUGAGGUCGAUGAGAUCAUUUUUCCCCGUCUACAUGAUUUGCAGAUGGGUGAUCUUGACCGUCUUAUCUGUUUCUCAUCCGGUAGUUGUUCAUUCGUCUUUCCCUCCUUAAGAAAACUAUCGAUAUGCAAAUUUCCUAAGAUGAAGGCCUUCAUCCUAAGACAGCCAAAAGAGAGAUCUGAACAACUCGAAGAUGCUUUCUUCAAUGAAAAGGUUAAUCUUCCUAAUUUGGAGGAUCUUCUGAUUAGUGAAGUCAAAGUGGAAGAGAUGUGGCACUGGGAAAUUCCUACAGGAUCCUUCCUCAAACUAAAGCUUCUCGAGGUGGUGCAGUGUGCCCAACUCGUGAGGAUUUUCCCAUCAGACAGUGAUACGUUCCGGAAGUUGUGGUCAAUAAAAGUCUCAUCAUGCCAAAAUCUGACGAAUGUCUUCCCAGUUUCAGUGGCGAAAAAUCUGGGUCGACUCCAACUACUUUGUGUGGAUGAAUGUGAGCUGAUCGAACACGUUGUUGCAGAAGGAAAUAUAUGGAGAGAAGCAGAUAAAUUUGUCGAGCUUACAGAGCUAACUUCCUUGACGCUUAAGGGUUUGCAAAAUCUUAGUAGAUUCUGUCAGUGGAACUACACCUUGGAGAUGCCAUCAUUGAAUAAGCUGGAUAUCGAAAACUGUGGAGGUCUGGAGGAAAUUUGGGAGCAUUUAGCUCGUAGUAUCAAAUUAGCGUUGCCCUCAUUAUCUCUCGAGAACCUGACAUCUCUAGAAGUAUCAAACUGCCAUGUGAUUAAAGCAGUAAUGACAAUUCCAGUUGCUAGAAGCCUGAAGCAACUCAGGGAAAUGAGCAUCAAGGAAUGCAAUGCAUUGAGUGAAGUAGUGGGUAAUUACGAAUACGGUGGUGGAUCACCUGAAGAAAUUGCUUUUGAGCGACUGAAAUAUCUGAGUCUGGAGUCAUUGAUGAAUAUCACACAGUUCUUCUCGGGGAGUCACAUCCUGAUAUUCCCAUCCUUGAUAUCAGUACGUCUGGAGCAAUGCCCCGUAAUGAAGAUAUUCUCUCAAGGAGAUGUAGUUGCACCAAAGCUGGAGCAGUUUGAGACAAGUUGGAGAUUUCUAGAACAUAAGACACGUGACCUUAAUGCAAAUGUAGAACAUUGUUUCUCCAAAAAGUACACUCUCGAACCCAUAAAGUCCUUGAAGUUGUCUGAAUCUCCCGAUUGGAGAGAGAUAUGGCUUGGCCAUCUUCCUUCUUGGUCAUUCAAACAAUUGGAAUCCCUUACCAUUGAGGACUGGGGGUCCUUAUCAAGAGCCAUUCCGUUCGAUAAAAUGCUCCUCUUAAGCAAUCUAAAGUUUCUAGAGGUAAGAAACUGUGCUGUAGUAGAAGUAUUUGAGUCCCCCGAAGCAAAUGAACCUGCUGAUAAGAUCUUCCUUGACCUUUGCGAUCUUUGCUUGAGAGAUCUUCCCAACUUGAGGCUAAUAUUUCCUGAUCAAGAUAUCCAGAAAGAUUUCAGUUUCAGUUGCCUUGUUACUAUUAAAGUUCACAACUGUAGAUGCUUGAGCAACUUACUGACCCCAACUACAGCACAAGAUCUUCCAUGUCUACAAGUACUUGAAAUAAAGGACUGUCACGAGAUGAAACAAAUUAUUGCGAGAGAGAAAGAAUGGGAAGAAGUUCCACAGUACUGCAUCUGUUUUCCUGGGUUAGAAUCUCUAGUUCUCGAGUCCUUGUCGGCAUUGAUGAGCUUCUAUCCAGGCGAUUACAUUCUGGACUGUCCGAGCUUGGCAAAGAUAACUAUUAACAACUGCCCAAAUAUGAAUUCAUUCACUUGUUCGAGUUUGAUGGACAAUCAGAGAAGCAGAGAAUUGUCAGGAGAAAUUCCUCACGAACCUUUCUUUUGCGAGAAGGUUCGCUUUCCGAGAUUAAAGGAGCUCAUACUAUCUCAGAUUGAUAAAUUGGGCAUAUUAUGGAAUGAUCAUCAGCUAUAUGAUGAGUCCUUUCGUGAAUUGAAGGCAAUCAAGGUUGAAUGCUCUAAAGAACUGUCGAUAAUUUUUCCAAGAAGAAUUAUGAAAAGAUUCAUACUUUUGGAGACUCUAUCCAUUGCUAAUUGUCCGUCACUACAAGUGGUGUUCGACCUCUCUGGACGAGAAGCCUUGGCCGAUUGUGACAGUGAGAUCUCGAUGGCCAUGCCACUGAGAGAACUUAAUCUAUCUCAUUUGCAGAACCUACGGAGUGUAUGGUAUGCAGAACCUGAAGCUAUUGUCAACUUCGAAAACCUCGAGCAAGUACAUGUGAGUGGAUGUCCGGAACUUGAAUAUCUCUUUCCAGCCUCAAUGGCACAAAGACUUUGGAAGCUUUGCAGAUUGAGUAUAGAAUGGUGUGGUUUACAAGGUAUCAUUGCAAAAAUAGAAAAAGAAAGUCCCCGGUUCUUUUUCCCCAGCAUUACCUUCUUGAAGCUCUGGGGGCUACCGAAGCUUGAGGCUUUCUAUCCUGGAUUACAUUCUACAGCAUGGUGUGGGCUAAUUGAGUUGGUCGUGUAUAGAUGUGACAGGGUGCAGACAUUCGCUUCAGAAUGCCAGAGCUUUUCCAAAGCUCUCGUAGAUGGCCAUCACGAGAUACUGGUCAAGCCACCCCUCUUUUUGGUUGACCAAGAUGAAUUCUGUAGUUUAGAAACUGUAAGUGUGGUUUACAAUGAAAUGAUGAAGGAGAUGUGGGGUGGCCAAUUUCCGGCAGAAUUCUUUCCCAAGCUGAAGAGUUUAGAAAUCAAGAACAAUGAUUUCAAACCAGCGAUUUUUACCCGUGGGGUCCUCCAGUGGUUACACCAUCUGCAGAAACUUUUCCUCAGUAGAUGUUGUUUUGAAGAAAUUGACUUGCUUGAGAGACCUGCCGCCCAAAAUCAGGACAAAACCUCAACUGGGACAGUUUCAAGAUUGAGGAAGUUGAAGCUGAAAUUGCUGCCCGGAGAGCAAGAGCUCAGGCAUGAAGAACCGGUAGACCUGGUUGCUUCUCAGCAUUUGGAAGUUCUUCAAGUAUCAAUAUGUCCAGGUUUCACAGGCUUGGAUCAGUUGGCAUUGUCGUUUCAGGUUUUAAUGGUUCUAGAAGUGUCAGUUUGUCAUGAAUCAUUAUAUCUAAUGACAUCAUCCAUGGCGAGAAGCCUCACUCAACUUACGAGAAUGAUCGUAGCGGACUGCAACAAUAUGAAGGAGAUAGUAAUUGAUAAUGAAGUCAGUGAGGGAGGCAACGAGAUUGCUUUUGAGCGAUUAGAGCAGUUGACUUUGCAUUCACUUCCCAAUCUCGAAAGCUUCUGCUCAGGAAAUUUCCCCCUCAAGUUCCCAUCCCUUACAGAAGUGACUCUGACUGAAUGCCCGCAGAUGGAAUGCUUCAGCUGCGGAGCAUUACGCACGCCAUUAUUAGCAGAAGUCCAUGUAGCAGGAAGCACCAUAUUUUUUCCUAAUCGCAACCUUAAUGCAUCUCUUUAUGGUGCAGAGGUUCUUCGUAUGUAAUACUGCAAUAUUGAUUUUUAGUUAUCCACUGAAGUUGAGCUUAUGGUACAGGUCAACCGAUUCCAUGAUGGAACUGAGGUGGAGCAGGAAAAUGACCUUCCAGAGAUGAGAUCAUCACCCGAUGCAAGGUCUUCGGGCAGUUGCUAAUUCCUUCAUUAAGAAGUUUCAUUGGAAUUCCAAGAACAAUUCCUAUCCACCAAGCCAAGAAAAGAAACCGAGCUCAUCUGAGGCGGAGCCCGAACUCAUCCCACUUUCCGGUUGGGGCACUUCAGGAGAUCUCCUACUGAUUCAGGACUCGUUUUCCUUUGGCAUAUACCUUCCGCGGUUGUUCCUGUAACUCAUUCGCAUUCACCUGAUUGACAAAACUUCCUUAAGAGACAUCUCAGAUGCCAUUACUUCAGUUCCAAGAGUUUUUACACAUGCUAAUCUUGUUCAUGAAUGAGUUGGAAUAGGAUCUCCAUUUAACUCGUGGAACGGUGACAUCAGAUAUUGAAAUUUGUUCCCUACUCUGGUUUUGCACUAUGAUUAUGAGUGCUCAAUGGUCGAUGCGAUUUUAGGAGCCGUAUUCAUUUCA